ACCCUGGUGCCGCUGCUGACUGAGGAGGACCCCGACACGCUGGCCGCCUGCUGGGCCGCCCUGGGCGCCGUCACCGCCUCCAUCCCCAAAGAGAUGCAGCCCAGCUUCGUGCGCUGCCUCAAGGACGCGGUGGCGGCGGCGCGGGACAAGGAGCGGCGCAAGCGGCGCGGCGGCGGCGGCGGCGGCGGCGGCGGCGGCGGCAAGGCGCCGCUCGUGCCGGGCCUCUGCCUGCCCAAGGCGCUGUCGCCGGUGCUGCCCAUCUACCUGCAGGGCGUGCUGCAGGGGUCGUCUGCCGAGCUGCGCGAGCUGGCUGCGGAGGGGCUGGGGGAGCUGGUGGAGGUGACGGGGGAGGAGGCGCUGAAGCCGUUUGUGGUGCAG